UUUCUAUAUGGGAUUAAAAGACGUGGAUCAUGCAGACUCGAUCUGGCCAUUCCACCUGACUUAAUAGUUGAAAACGCUAUAUUGAUUUAUAAUGAAGAACGGUCCAAGUGGUCUACCUAUUCACUAUUGAAACGAAAUUGUGAACACUUUGCUUUCAUAUGUUGCACGGAUCAAAGUAGACUAAGCGAACAAAUGUUGGCGAAGUGGGAUUUACUGAGUGGUACAAUUAGUACUGUAGUAAUGACUGGUACAUCAGUGCUUUUUGGUUUCCUGAAAGGCUUUUUAAAGAGUGUAGUCCGAAUUGGUGAAAAACUCGUGCCGUCCAGUUUAACAAAUCUGACCAUUACUUCGGUGGAUGAGUUUGUCAAGGCUUCUUUGCCAGGAAACCUAAUCACUGCUGGAAUUGCGUUCAUCGUUGAAGUGGUAAUUUUAACCGUGCGUUGGCUGGUGCAUUGUUGGUUUUAUAGGAAGAGAAAAUAUUGCAAUGGGAACAAAGAGGAAUGUACAAAAAACAAAGAAAAGUAUGAAGAUAAACUCGCCAGUGGAUAUGCUAUUAAAACAAGGAUUUAUGUGAAAUGUUUAAUUCAAGCUGCAACAGCUAAUGGGGCUUCC